ACCACGUGUUCAUGAUGGCGGAGUUGCUCUGUAUCCCGCUGAAAAAGACUUCAGAUUUGGAUUUGGUGAAACCACUGAGGAAUAUCAUCGCAUCUAUUUUCAGCACUGCCGAUAACCAGGAAUCCCUAAAAUACACUGAAGCUAUCCAGGAUUUCAACAAACUCCGGAAUAAUGCCGUCUGGAAGACAUUGGACAAACAUGAAAGUUCCUUGGAAGCCUUAUACAAGUACUACGACCAGCUGGCAGCAUUGGAGGAGAAGAUCCCACCAGCUGAAGUUCAAAUCCCAUUUAAUUGGAUGGAUGCAUUCGAUCGAGGUUCAUUCUUUGGAGGGAAAAUCAGCCUAAGUACGUUCACCUCAUACCAGUGCAAAUCUUGUAUACUUUAUGCCUUGUCUCAUUUGGUAUUUGUUUAUGUCCUUGUUGUCCAAGCCUAA